CUAUGAGUCUAUGACUAGAGUGCGCACUCAAAUGCACUUAACUUCACUACGGAAAGACAUGCUUUAACCAUAUCGAGUACCGAGACCGUAAUGGAUGCGUAUGGAACAUUAAUGUUGCAUUUGGCUGAAAAUUUGAUCGUCCGGUUCUGUGUGAGCGAAUUAACUCAUCGUUUUUACUAAAAAAAGAAAAUAAGAUUUGUAUGAAGCGGUGACGUGUUAAAAAUUUUCCUCUUAGAUAAUAUUAUCUAUAUAUUGAUGAGAGAUAGAGAAAGAGAGUGAGAGACCUCGAACUUCAGUAUCAUGACCUCGCAUAUUCAUCCAUGUUCAUCUGUAAUGCUUCACAUCUUUAUAAAUAUUUAUUUACAUCCAUCAGGUUCUGAAUUAGGAUCAGAUUCUUCCGUCCAAAGAAAGAGAAAGAGAAAACAAUUAAUUAUAAGCAAGAUAAAAAGAAGAGAGAAAUCUUUCCAUUGGUUCUGAAUUGGAACGAGAUUAUCCCGUUCGAAGAGAGAGAAAGAGAAUAAAAUAAUUAUAAGCAAGAUUUUUAGAAAAAAGAGAAAAAUCUUUCAAGAUUGGUAAUUAUAAGUUUUAAAGGAUUAGAUCUGGCUGCAUAUAAAGGUAUACCUCGUAAAUCCGUCUACGGAAAAAGAAAGCGUGAGAGGAAGAGAGGUAUGUUUCCAUCCUUCACGAAGGAAAUCUUGGUGUGCGGGAGUAUCACAGAUGAUUAAUGCGGCCUCGCCGGUACAUUCGCACGCGAGCAGCUGUUCGCGAGUGCAUCGGCUGUUAUGCAACAUAUCUCGUAAAUAAUGUUCCUCGAUCAAUCAACGUAUGAAGCACAAAAUUCAGAUCUUAUUACGCUUACGCAUGAAAUGAACCACUGUGCGGAUGUGUGAAACAGCUAUUAGCGAUAAUGACAAUAGAGAGAACUAGACAUCAGUUUUAGAGUCUGACAGCUGUUGAGUGAGGGCAUAGUUGCAUAUAUACAUAUAUGAUAUGCAUUUGUAUGUAUUAGAGUUUGUGCUUGAUCAUGUGCAACGAUGCGAUGCAUGUAACCUAUGUUUAAAUAUACAUUCAUGACCCGACGACUGAAAAAACGAGAGAUCGUUCAGAGAUCGGACGUCUCUCUCAGCAAUUACGUAAACCUCCUUCCCUAUAGAGAUCGAUAUAGAUUCCGAGAGUCAGCAAAGAAUGUAUAUUGCUGCAAUAAUUAUAGCAGUGUGGACGGACACGGCAAGAUUGCAUUACACAACUUUUGGAUAAUCGAAGCAGAGUAUUUCGCUAGGAUUGUCAUAUACAUAUAUAUAUUACAAGUGAUAAAUUUAAAAUAAUAUAUAUAUGUAAAUAAAAGAUAUCAGCGAACAGGUACAUCGUUAGUCACAGUCACAGCACGCCGGCGGAGAUAUCGCUGUCACGAUGCUCAUCGAUGUACCUGUGUGAUGCACGUGGACGGCAUAUCCCGACUCCGAUGGAUUCGGCGCUACUGUGAGUGGCACCAGCUCGCUCGGGAGUGAGUUAGUCAGUCAGUCACAGUCGGCAACACAAAGAGCGACCGCCGGAGCGCCAGUCAACAAUUGGACGCGGCAGCGAGCAUCGCCGAAAUGGAGGCGCGCGGCGACGAUGCUCAUCAUCGGCCGAUGACAGCAGCAGCAGCUAUAGCCGACGACGAACGGAGUGGGACGUCAUCCAUCGUCACGUGGAACCGCUUCAAGGAGUUGCUGCUCGACUUUCACUUUAACGCCGACCGGAUAUUUUACCGGAUCGGAUUUAGUAUAGCUACGAAACCAUGGCUUUGGCUAAUCAUGUCCCUUUGCCUAAACAUUGUUUGUGGCUUGGGACUGUUACUCUGGAAGGAGGAGAUCGACGAGCUUGAGCUCUACGUACCGAUGGAUUCUAUAAUUCGCGAGGAUGCCAGCUGGGUAAAGGAGCACUUUCGCGACGAUCUCAGGCAUGAAAGUAUCAUCGUCGUUGCCCCCAACGUGCUGGAUCCCGAAGUGCUGCGAUCGAUUCGAGAUAUCGAGAGAGAUGUGAGAAGCAUAAUCAUAAAGAAUAACACUUGGGAAGAUGUGUGUGCCGGGUACUUUACAUGGUUCCAAGAAGACGAUAAAUGGGACACUAUGGAUAAAUCCGAGUUUCCCGAAGAAUAUCUGUCUAUUAUAAAUGAUACAAUGAAUAAAGAACCCUGUAUCCAUAAAUCGCUCCUAAAGUUAUGGCAGAAGCCCAAUAAGAAGAAAAUUGAUAUAUUAACGAAAGCAGACAUACUGAAUGACGUUACCGAGCCUUUACAAAAUAACAAUACCAAAGAUAUACUGUCCGAUAUCGCGCCAUUACUGGCGGAUGUUGAAUAUGAUGCAAAUGGGACAGUAAAGAGCGCGAAGGCAACGUUAAUGUACUGGUUACUGAAGAAGACAAAUCCGCUCUCUCCAGAAUGGGAGACCGAGUUCAUCGAAAGGGUACUACAUUCGAAUCGCACCCUACCACCGGGCAUGGAGAUCUACGCGAUGACGUUACGAAGCUAUCAAGACAUGCUGCAUCAGGUGAUCAACAGUAACAUGACCGUGUUGUUUUGCGGCAUGUCGUUGAUCACGAUCUACGUGAUCGUGAUGAUUGGCCGGUGCAACGCGAUGCAACAACGAAUAUAUCUUUCUCUCAUGGGCAUUUCUGUGGUCGGUCAGGCUGUCCUAUCGGCCUAUGGAAUAUGCUACUAUAUGGGAUUUUCGUAUGGACCGGUGCAUCCAAUUCUGCCGUUUUUGUUGCUCGGCAUCGGCGUUGAUGACAUGUUCGUCAUCAUGCAGAGCCUCGAGACUAUGUCGGAGACAGACAAGUCUUUGGACAUUUCUACCCGUAUCGCCAAGUCUAUUCAAAUAUCAGGUAUGUCCAUCACCGUGACAUCGUUCACCAACAUGGUAGCUUUCGCUAUAGGCAUGACGACGGUGAUGCCGUUCUUGAAAUCCUUCUGCAUGUUUGCCGCAAUGGGUAUAUUGUUUCUUUACAUCUACGAGAUCACAUUUUUCGUCAGCUGUCUGGUGUAUGACGAGAGACGAUUGGCAGCAAAAAAGGACGGUUGUUGUUGCCGACCGCGUUCUAAUUGGCGACCGAACGAAUGCAGUAAGCGAAACUUUCAACGGAUCAUUUUCGAGAAGUACGUCGGACCUUGCGUGAUGAGAACGUCCGUGAAGAUAAUCAUCCUAUUAAUCACCGCUGCCUUGAUCUGCCUUAAUGUGUGGGCGAUAUUUCAAUUGAGCCAGAACUUUGAUCCGCUGGCGUACUUGAAUCAAGAAUCUUAUCCGAUAUUGUUUCACAAUAAAUUGAAGGAACACUUUCCCAAGUACGGGAAGCACGUCAACAUAUAUUUGACGGGCGUGGACUAUUACAACGAUCGUCAGGCGCUGUUUCAGCUGGUGGACAACCUCAAACGAAAUCCAUACGUUAAUAAUCGCACUCUCGAUCCAUGGUUCGUGGCGUACCAAAAAUGGUUGGACAAUAAGAACAAAGGACAGUAUAUUGAUAAAGAUGAAUAUUACAAUACUCUCUCGGAAUAUCUCCUGUUCACGAUAAAAGGCCAAGCAUAUAUCCAAGAUGUGAAAUUCGAUAAAUUGCCAUUCAAUGACUAUAACAUCACAACAUCGAAGAUUCCGGUGCAACACAUCCCCAUAAGCACGACCUUCGAUCAAAUACAGGCCAUGCAAUCAAUUAGAGACGCCGUGAAAUCCGUAAACUUUACUCAGGGAUAUGAAUAUAUCGCGAUUUAUUCGUUAGAUUACGUAACAUGGGCAUCGAAUAAGAUUAUCGGUGAAGAAUUAAUCAGGAACUUGAUCCUGGAGAUAGUGGCGGUAGGAAUAGUGACCUUGGUGCUUCUUCGAAACUUAGUGGCGUCAUUUUGGGUAAUGUGUUGCGUGUUAUUCACGCUCAUCGAUCUUCUGGGGUCGAUGUACUUUUGGGAACUGACCGUCGAAAUCUCGUCGACCAUUAUGAUUCUGCUUUGCGCAGGAUUGGCAGUUGAUUACGCCGCACAUGUCGGACUGGAAUUUAUACGUUCGAGUGGUAGCAAACAAGAACGAGCAUUGACAACGCUUAAUGUUAUCGGACCAGCAGUGUUGAACGGUGGCCUAAGCACAUUCCUCGCGUUUGUUCUGCUAAGUUUCAGCCAAGCUUACGUUUUUAUGACAUUCUUUAGGUUAUUCACAUCAGUAGUGCUAUUUGGUUUGUUUCACGGAUUGCUAUUUCUACCAGUGAUAUUAAGUUUAGCAGGACCCGGCGAAAGAAAGCAAAGCAGUCCGAAAAAUAAUCAGACUGCACAAUAUCACAAUGGCUAUUUUACCGUCCGUCUGUCUCACAACGAGAUAGAUAUAAAAGACGCGCUUGCUAAAUGACAUUUAGCAAUGCUUCAAAAGGCUGCUUAGGUAAAAUAUUUUUAUAGAUAAUUCUAUAGCUAUAAGUUUAUAGAUAAUUCUAUAAUUUUGGAAUUUGUAUGACUGUAAAAUGAAUGAACGCAUAUUACGUUGUGAUAAUA